AUGCGCACUUCCACGACCCUCGCUGUGGCUGCGACGCUGCUUGGCGCCGAUGCCAUAAACCUGAUCAAACGGACCGAUGGACCACUCAGAGUGCUCGAAGGCACAAUACAACGCAGACGAAUUGCCAAUCCCAUAGAACACGAUCGCAAUCGUAUGCGAAAACGAGAUGGUACCCUCUCCAUCACUUUGGACAACGAGGAGACGUUGUACUUUAUGAAUACAAGCAUAGGGACCCCGGCACAGGAUUUCAGAUUGCAUUUGGACACGGGAAGUAGCGAUCUGUGGGUGAAUGUUGCAGACAGCACACUAUGCCAGAGCCAAAACAGCGGCUGUUCAAUAUCUGGCACGUACAGUGCCAACGACUCUUCGACAUAUAAAUAUAUCAAUAGCGAGUUCAACAUUACCUACGUCGAUGGAUCUGGAUCCUCUGGAGAUUACGUGAGCGACGCGGUGAGCUUGGGUGGCGUCACCAUCGACAAUCAGCAAUUCGGUAUCGGAUAUACUUCGAGUUCAGCACAAGGUAUCAUGGGAAUCGGCUACCCGAUCAACGAGGUCGCCGUGGCGUACAACGGAGGUCGUGCGUACGCAAACGUGCCGCAGAGCUUGUUGAAUCAAGGCACGAUCUCCUCCAAGGCUUACAGUCUGUGGCUGAACGACCUGGAUGCUUCGACUGGCUCGAUUUUGUUCGGGGGUGUCAAUUCGGACAAAUACACAGGAUCGCUGCAGUCCUUGCCUAUCGUCAAAGAGCAAGGCGUAUACGCGGAGUUCAUCAUCGCAUUGACCGCCGUCGGCAUGAACGGCACGCAAGGCUCGAUUGCAAAGAACUUGGCCUCACCAGCGCUUCUGGACUCGGGAAGUUCCCUGAUGUAUCUGCCGAAUAGCGUUGCGCAGAAGAUCUACGACCAGGUUGAGGCUCAGUACGAUUCCGACCAAGGCGCGGCCUUCGUCGACUGCGAUCUGGCCAACUCGGACGCCACCAUCGACUUCACCUUCUCCUCGCCGACGAUUCGCGUGGCCAUGAGAGAGCUGGUCAUCGUUGCAGGAGAGAGCCGCGGCAAGUCGGUGUGCAUUCUUGGUGUGGGACCAGCAGGCAGCAGCACGCCCGUGCUGGGAGACACUUUCCUCCGAUCGGCGUACGUGGUCUACGACAUGACCAACAACGAGAUCUCGCUCGCGCAGACCAAUUUCAAUUCGACGUCAAACAACGUCCUCGAGAUCACCAACUCUACUGGAGUCCCCGAUGCGACUGCGGUGCAGAGCGCCGUCACCUCGGUUGCCGUGCAAUCAGGCGGCGCCCGCAUUGGAAGCGGUACCGGCACUAUCACCCUAGGCUCUCCAGCUCAGCCCACCGCCGCUCCGGGCUGGAAUGCGGCGCUACUUGGAGCUGCGGGCGCCGCUGCCAUGUUCGCUCUCUAG